AAACUCACCGGUGGCCCAAAAGUCUAGCGGGGAGUGCGAUGGAUGAAUCGUCGGAACAAACGCGGCCCUUCUUGAGAACAGGUCUAGAUGAGGAGGCAAUAGUAGACCAUGGAAAGAGCAGCUUCACUAUUCAAACAAACUACGAAAAGGACGACUUAGAAAGCCACAGAGCAGUGUACGUAGGCGUUCAUGUUCCUAUUGGAAGAGAAAGCAAGCGGAGGCAUCGUCACAGAGGACACAGGCACCACAGAAAGAGAAGGGAUAAAGAUUCUGAGGACGGGAAAGAGGAUGACCGAGAAUCUCCCCCUUAUGACACUCCAUCCCAGCGGGUCCAGUUCAUUCUGGGCACGGAGGACGAUGACUUGGAGCAUGUUCCCCAUGAUCUCUUCACCGAGUUGGACGAGCUAUCCUUCCGAGAUGGCCGUGCCACUGAAUGGAGGGAAACUGCCAGGUGGCUUAAAUUUGAAGAGGAUGUGGAAGACGGUGGGGAAAGAUGGAGCAAGCCUUACGUGGCUACAUUGUCACUGCACAGUUUAUUUGAACUGCGUAGCUGCAUCCUCAAUGGCACGGUCAUGCUGGAUAUGAGGGCCAACAGUAUAGAGGAAAUUGCUGACAUGGUGAUAGAUAGCAUGGUGGCGUCGGGACAGCUUAAGGAGGACCUGCGGGCGAAGGUGCGUGAGGCAAUGCUGAAGAAGCACCACCAUCAGAAUGAGAGGAAGCUCAGUAAUCGCAUCCCUUUGGUGCGCUCCAUUGCUGACAUAGGCAAGAAACAUUCUGACCCUCUCUUGCUUGAACGAAACGGAGAGGGCCUUUCCUCUUCGCGUCUCUCCCUCCACAAGCCAGGAGCAGCCUCGUCUGCCUCCAACCUGCCGCAGAGACAAGAAUCCCGAGUUUCCAUCCUACUCAACCAUCUCCUACCUUCCUCUUCCUCCAACACGGGGCGGCCCCCAGGUCCCUCUUUCCACACAACCCCUCAAAGUACCCCUGCGUCCUUUCGGCGUGCCUCCCCAAGCCCCCCACGUGCCCAAGGAGCUGGCUUUGGCCCUCAUAGCAUCCCAGAAGUGGUGGUAUCCCCGCCCAAGGAUGACGACCCACCAAACUCAACAGAGGAAGAGGCAGCGUUGCCCCAGUUCAGCCGGCAAUCAUCCUGUGCAUCCCAGGGAUCUGAGCAGCUGCCCUUAGAAGGACCACUGGUUCAUCCAAACUCCGUCCCGAACUACCUGGACACUGAAAAGGCAGUGGAGAGGCGGCCUUCUAAAGUAGGGGUCAGUAGAGAAAGCAGCAGUGUCGACUUCAGCAAGGUGGAUAUGAAUUUCAUGAAGAAGAUUCCCCCCGGUGCUGAAGCUUCAAAUGUUUUGGUGGGGGAAGUUGAUUUCUUGGAGAAACCUAUCAUUGCCUUUGUUCGACUGUCGCCUGCAGUUCUCAUCACCGGUCUCACUGAGGUUCCGGUGCCCACAAGGUUUCUGUUCCUGCUUUUGGGUCCUCAUGGAAAGGGUCCUCAGUACCAUGAGAUUGGCAGAUCAAUGGCCACUCUGAUGACAGACGAGAUUUUCCAUGAUGUGGCGUACAAGGCUAAAGACCGAACAGAUCUCCUCUCUGGGAUUGAUGAGUUCCUUGAUCAGGUGACCGUCCUCCCUCCUGGAGAGUGGGACCCCACGAUCCGGAUUGAACCACCUAAAAAUGUCCCAUCCCAGCUAAAGAGGAAGAGGCCAUCCCAUCCUAAUGGCACCGCAUCCCCAGCAGGAGAACUGGAAAAGGAAGAGGACCACCAUGUGGGACCAGAGCUGCAGAGGACUGGAAGGAUAUUCGGUGGUCUGAUACUGGACAUCAAGCGGAAGGCCCCAUUUUACUGGAGUGACAUCAGAGACUCCUUUAGCCUGCAGUGUCUCGCCUCUAUUCUUUUCCUCUAUUGUGCCUGUAUGUCUCCUGUCAUUACAUUUGGAGGUCUGCUUGGGGAGGCAACCAAAGGCAACAUAAGUGCCAUCGAGUCUCUUUUUGGGGCAUCCUUGACUGGAGUAGCGUAUUCCCUUUUUGCGGGCCAACCCCUAACAAUUCUUGGUAGCACAGGACCCGUUUUAGUGUUUGAGAAGAUCCUCUUCAAGUUCUGCGCCGAUUAUGGACUGUCCUACCUGUCGCUGCGAACAAGCAUUGGUCUGUGGACGGCAUUCCUAUGUCUGGUCCUGGUUGCCACGGAUGCUAGUUCCCUGGUCUGCUAUAUCACUCGCUUCACAGAGGAAGCUUUUGCAGCACUUAUCUGCAUCAUCUUCAUCUAUGAGGCUCUUGAGAAGCUCUUCCACCUCGGAGAACAUUAUCCUGUCAACAGCAACAACAUUUUGGAUAACCUCACAUCUUAUUGGUGUCAGUGCUCUCAGCCAGCUAAUGCCUCAGCUCAGCUCCUGCAAAAGUGGAACCAGACAGGAUACAGUCCAGACUCCAUACCAUGGAGUAGCCUCAACAUUUCGAUGUGUAAAUUGCUCGAUGGGGAGUUUGUGGGCCCUGCCUGCAGUAACCAUGGCCCCUACAUCCCAGAUGUUCUCUUCUGGUCCAUUAUCCUCUUUUUCACCACCUUUUUCUUGUCCUCUUUCCUCAAGCAGUUCAAAACAGAGCGAUAUUUCCCUACGAAGGUGCGAUCCACAAUAAGUGAUUUUGCUGUCUUUAUAACGAUCAUGAUCAUGGUGUUGGUGGACUACUUAAUGGGGAUCCCUUCCCCAAAGUUAAAUGUCCCUGAUCGGUUUGAGCCUACUUCAAAGAACAGAGGCUGGCUGAUGGACCCAUUAGGAGAAAACCCCUGGUGGACGCUGUUGGUGGCAGCGCUUCCUGCCCUGCUGUGCACCAUCCUCAUCUUUAUGGAUCAACAGAUCACCGCUGUCAUCAUCAACCGCAAAGAGCACAAGCUCAAGAAAGGCUGUGGCUACCACCUGGACUUACUCGUGGUGGCAGUAAUGCUUGGCGUGUGCUCUAUUAUGGGCCUGCCGUGGUUCGUGGCAGCAACUGUCCUCUCCAUUUCGCACGUUAACAGCCUAAAGGUGGAAUCUGGUUGCUCCGCUCCCGGAGAACAGCCAAAGUUUCUAGGUAUCCGGGAGCAGCGGGUCACUGGAUUCAUGAUCUUUGUCCUCAUGGGUUGUUCCGUUUUCAUGACAUCUGCGCUCAAGUUCAUUCCUAUGCCAGUGCUGUAUGGAGUCUUCCUCUACAUGGGUGUCUCCUCUCUCAAAGGCAUUCAAUUCUUUGACAGAAUCAAGCUGUUUGGCAUGCCUGCCAAGCACCAGCCUGAUCUUAUUUACUUGCGCUACGUGCCGCUGUGGAAAGUCCAUAUCUUCACCCUGGUACAGCUCACCUGUCUGGUACUGCUCUGGGUCAUCAAGGCCUCUGCUGCAGCGGUGGUCUUCCCCAUGAUGGUUCUUGCACUGGUCUUCAUCCGAAAGCUUCUCGACUUCUUCUUCACUAAGAGAGAGCUGAGCUGGCUAGAUGACUUGAUGCCAGAGAGCAAGAAGAAAAAAGAAGAUGACAAGAAAAAGAAAGCGCGUGCAAAGCUGGAAGCUGAGUCUCGAUUGCAGGACGAAGAGGAGCUGGGACUGCAGGUCAGCUAUAAGGGCUCCAACCUGCUCAACAUCCCAGAAAAGACCCUCUCAGGGAGUUCUGAGUCUGACCCCUUGGUUGUAAAUAUCUCUGAUGAAAUGGCCAAAAGUGCAGCAUGGAGAGCAGUGAACUUGAGCGGCGACUCACAUGGCCAACCUGUGAAACAUAGCGGAAGCCGGGAGAAGGGGGCCUGCGUUAGAGUGGACAUCAGCCCUGACACACCAGGAGAGACUUCCACCACAGAGACCUUCUUGUGAUAGCGUCUCCUCCCACGCGACACACCAAACAGCUGAGGAGCGCCAACAUACUGUACACGCAACUUAACCUGCCACCCUAUCUUCAGCACCGCAGGUGAGCUCCACGAGGGCUGUGCGAGUCGCCCGGUUGCCAUGGCGAAGUGCCAUGAUGUACUGUAGAUGACGAUAUUCUACCCCAAGUAGUGAUGUCAUUUUAAUUUUUAAAAAAUUUUUUGUAUUAUUAUUUAACCAUUUGCACCUCUGAUGCCAAAGGAACGGGCCUCACUGGUGGGGAUCUUUGACUGAGUCAUUGCUUGUUUUAAUUUCAGUUUUAUUAUCGUCAUCAUUUUAGUCUUUAUGUUUACCUCUAGUGAGCAGCCCAGCAGUGUUUGAAGGUCAUAUUAACACGACACCAGCCGCCAUUCAGGAAAUAUACAUGCCAGCGAAAAAUGUCUCAUAAUUCAUGUGUCACUGUGGAAAAACCAAAAGGGAGGUACUUUGAAAGCAUUCUGCAUAACUCAACAGAUGCUGCUACGUCAUCGCAGGUCAAGCAAUCAUCUUGUAGGGGGUUCUCUUGAAAGAGAACAUUGCUGCUUAAAUUUCAUCACUUGUUUUCAUCAGAAACAUCUUGAAUAUAAAUAUAGGUUCAAUACGAACGCAGGUGAUCUUUUCAUUCGUAAUGCUAUAUAAAAAUUACUUCAGAGUCCACAUGAAGUCUGUACUGUACAGUAAGCACUUUGCCAGCAUAAUUUCUUACGUAAUAUGAAUCCUAGUGUGUUGUUUAUUAUUAUUAUUGUUGUUGUUGUUGUUGUUGUUAAAUGUUGCUUCUCUCUCCAAUAUGUUUAAAGUUCUGAAAUUUCAAUUACCUUCCUCAGGAAUCUUAAAGAUUUCUGACUGCGGUCACAAGAUUUCUGUCAAA